CAUCAUAUUCACAUCCUACUCCGUUGUUUUUAAAAAUCACAUCUCUCUUCCUCAAUUCAUUGUUUCUUUCACCCCUUCAAUGGAGUCUCAUGACAUUACUCCAGAUUUGCUUUUCGAGAUUUUGUCGCGAACGCCGCUCCAAACUCUUGGGAAGUGCAGGCUACUAUCUAAGGAAUGCAACAACCUGACAUAUGAAUCACGAUUCAUGCAACUUCAUUCUGCGAGAACAAGAACCCUAUCUGGGUUUUUUGUACAAAGUUUGAGGAGGAACAAGUACAACUCGACAUUUGUGUCCAUAGAAAAUCCUCAUGACUCCAAGCUUAUUAGCCUUGAUUUCUUACCCCACCCUGUUAAGAUCGAAGCUUGUUCAAAACAGGGGAUAAUGCUCUGUAGUAGCCAAUACCCACAUGAAACUCAAUAUUACAUCUGCAAGCCUAGUAGUAAACAAUGGCAAGUUUUACCAAAUCCAAAUCCUCAAUGCUCCACCGAGAGAAUAGCUAUGAUCGUGCUUCGACUGAAUCCUUUAAGAUUCAAGAUAGUUCGAUUUUCGAAGCCAGAGCCCGAGCAUGAUCUUAUGUUUGAUGCCUACCCUUCUACUCUUCAAUGCGAAAUUUUUUAUUCAAGAGACUGGAGUUGGAAGCAAUCUGUUAAAGUAAAGUUACCAUUCUAUGAGCGGCUGGGUUUGAAACCUGCAAUAUCUGUAUCUAAUCAACUUCAUUGGCUAACAAGUGAGAGGAAUGUGUUUUCCUUUGAUAUGGAAAAAGAGAGAUGGGAAUUGUUUCCUUUGCCAAAUCCAUUGUGUGAAAGUGAACAUUGCAACUACGUGGAGAUUGUGGAAUAUGAAGGUAAGCUAGGGUCAAUCUUCAUGAAAGAAGGGCAUGGUGUGGAGAUAUGGAUCAUGGAUGAGCACAGCAAAAAAGAGUGGAGAAAGAGGCAUGUGAUGGACAUGGAAUAUUUGGAAAGAGAGGAGUCAAAAUCUUGUGCUGAGGCUUUCUACAAUUCUGAUGUUGCACUCAUCAAAGGGUUUUACAAGGUGAUAUUUUACAAGUUCAAGAAUGGGCAUUGUGAUGUUGUGAGGCUUGAGGAGCAGAUGUUCGCUAGUCAAGUGUUUUUCUUUCAGUCAGAUUGGGAACCUACUGAUUUAAGGGGAAAGAAGCAAUCAAGUUCCAGAGCACUUAGCUUACCUCUAGGUCAAAGUAUGAUAGCUGUUGUGUUGUUCUUGUUCCUAAUUUUCUUGUUAAGCUUUGUUAAUGACAUGAUAUCAUGGUGAAUGAAUAUAUUUUGAACGUUUGGUGAAGCUACUUUUAUUUUUUUGCUUCCUUUUAAGUGUAUUAAUUUCUUGAAGUUCUGUCUAAUCUACUUGCUGAGAGUCAAGGAAGUUGUUUUUCAGCAAACAAACCUAAAUGUUGAACCAGAUGCAAAAGGUUGGCCGAAAAUAUUACAUUCAAGCCAACCAUUUGAUACUAUUAUUAUUUGACAGUGUAUUACUUAUAAAGCAAAAUCUUUUGC